CAGACGGCGUAGUGGCAGCGUAGCAGACAGCGCGCGGGCGCUCGGGUGUGUUUUUUUGAUAAGAGACUUAUUUUUUUUUCUCAUCAAGUUUUUUCGGCUAAUUUCCAAGAUUUAGUAAAAAAACUAUUCAUCCACCGGGAAUAGAGAUAAAACACGAAAUCAUGGAUCCCGAAGCUUUCCUAGACAUGGCCAAUCAGGUCAUUAAAUUAAAAAUGUUCCCGUACUUUGACAUUGCACACUGUGUACUGUGCGCGUUGCAUGUCAGGGAAGACCUAGGACCCGGAGCGCAAGCAUUUUCAAGGAAACAUCCGCUAUCAUGCUGGCUGUCAACGAUGCUGGUUGUUUUUGCUGGUGGCAUGCUGUGCAAUGGUUUACUUGGAGAGCCAGUUCUUGCUCCCCUCAAAAACACCCCACAAUUAGUAGUCGCCACCGUCGUCUGGUAUGUAAUAUUUUACACACCAUUUGAUGUCGGGUAUAAAGUAGCGAAAUUCCUGCCAGUAAAAAUAAUAUGUUCAGCUAUGAAGGAGAUAUACAGGUGUAAAAAAGUCUAUGACGGUGUUACACACGCAGGGAAACUAUAUCCAAAUGCUUAUCUUAUAAUGAUUCUCAUUGGAACACUAAAAGGUAACGGUGCCGGAUUCACUAAAUUGUUUGAGCGACUUAUUCGUGGUGUUUGGACUCCAACGGCUAUGGAAUUCAUGCAGCCUAGUUUCCCGACAAAAGCAUCUAUGGUUGCCUCGAUCAUAUUUGUGCUUGAUAAGAAAACUGACAUCAUUUCUGCACCCCAUGCUCUUGUUUACUUCGGCAUUGUAAUCUUCUUCGUUUACUUCAAGCUGUCUUCUAUCCUACUCGGUAUCCACGAUCCCUUUGUUCCCUUUGAAAACCUAUUUUGCGCUCUUUUCAUGGGAGGAAUCUGGGACUCGUUGGCAAAAUUACUUGGACGGGGCCAAACAAAAGAUGAAAAGACAGACUCCAAGAAGACCAACUGAAGUUGAUGUAAGUUCCGUAAAUCAUAACAAAAAAAUGCAACUGACUCGUUAUUUAUUGAUAUGAAGAAGAUGAAACUGACCGAGGAAGUAACAGAAACGCAAGCUAGUCAAAUAACUCGAUUCCUAAAACAUGACAUUUGUCAAAUUGUCAAACCAAAAGUACAAUCAAUUGUUUAUUACACUAACACCAUAGCGUCAACGGAAGUUCAAGCGUCGAUACCUAAGUGUGUGCAGUAUUACGUAAGACGUAAACGCAACGCCAAUUGAUCAAGAAGCAAAAGUCCACCACUCGUAU